AUGUUCAACUGGGCUAAGCAACAACUGGCCAAUGUCGCCGGCACUCAGGAGCCCAUCUACGGUCCCUCUGCCAUCAAGUCUGUUGCCAUCGAGGCCGAAAAGACUCCCUACACCGAAGUCACUCGAGAUGGCCUGAAGUGGAAGGCCAUGGACUCGACCUCUGUCGAGACUGAGAGUUUCUACAUCACUGCCGACAACGGUUACAUCGCUCUUGCCCAGGUCAUCUAUAGCAACGUUGCCGGCAUUCGAACAACCUGCCAGUUCAACUGCAAGGUCUUCGACAAGGACCCUACAAAGCCCCACCUCUGGGCCUCAACACCUCUCAACAACCAAGACUUUAACGAGGACAAGACGAGUUUCUACGCCGAUGACUGCGCCGUUGAGCUGUCCGAGGAUGGCACAUACUACACCAUCAAGAGCAUGAACAGCCAGAACGCCAUCGUUAACCUGAAGAUCACCCGCUCUACCCCUGGUUUCCAGGCUGGCACCACAGGCACAACCCUGUACGGCACCGACCACAACAACCCAUGGGGAUCCAUCAGACACGCUUUCUGGCCUCGCUGUGUCUCCGAGGGUACCAUCACCACCAAGGAGGGACCCAUCGACUUGAAGGGCAAGGCUCUUUUCGUCUACGCCCUCCAGGGCAUGAAGCCUCACCACGCCGCUGGUCGAUGGAACUUUGUCAACUUCCAGGGUCCCACCUACUCAGCUGUCAUGAUGGAGUUUACCAGCACUCCAUCAUACGGCUCAACCCUCGUCAACGUGGGUGGUAUCGUCAAGGAUGGCGAGAUCAUCCAUGCUGGCGCCAUGAGCACGGCUACUCACACUCAAGUUAAGAAGGAUUCCGAGAACGAGUGGCCCGAGCCCAGUGAGGUCAAGUACACCUGGUCUGGUGCGACCAAGGAUGGAAAGCCUGUCGAGGCCUUGAUUGAAGGGUCUCUCGGCGACCGAGUUGACCGAGUUGACGUCAUGGCCGAGGUUCCUGGUUUCGUCAAGACGAUUGUUGCAGCAGCUGCCGGCACAAAGCCUUACAUCUACCAGUACCACCCCAAGCUCUCCCUGAAGCUCAAGAUCGGCGACGAGGAGAUCGUCGAGGAGGGCGUCAUAUUCACCGAGGCCACCUUCAUCUCAUAA